AUUGAUUUGAAUAAAAUAAAAAUGAGCGCCCUUAAAGCCAAAGGUAGAAAAAUAUUUGAAAUUCCAAUAUGUACAAUUUGUUUAGAACCUAUGAUAAAAGACCUUUGUGUUUUUACAGUUUGUGGUCAUGUGUUUCACUAUAAUUGUGGUGUGAAUUGUCAUUAAAAUUCAAGGAAAUGUCCAAAUUGUCGUAUGAGAUCAACAGAAUUGUAGUCAUUACAUUAUGCAGUAGAGGAAAUAACAGGUAUUGAUGAAUAGAUGAGUUAAUUAUUAAAUGAUUUGAGUGUUGAUUAAAAAUAAUAGAUGGCUAAAUUAUUAGCAGAUCAUGAAGAAUUAAUGCAUGAAAACUAGAGAUUGAAAUAAAGAAAUAAAUUUGUAGAAGAAAAAAAUGAAUCAAUAUAAACAGAAGUAUAACAUAUAUAAGGAGAAGUAAAACGAUUAUUAGAGAAGAAUAAAGAUUUAGAGAUAAAUGAAAAGUAAUCAAAUUAAAAAUUAAAGACUCUUGAAAUAUUUAUAUCAUAAUUUGAAGAAGAGAAUAAAAUAUAAAAGUAAGAGAUAGAAAAAUUAGAGAUUGAGUUAAAAGAAUAUAAUUAUUUAAAUAAUUUAGCUAAAAUAAUAAAUAAUCCGAAUGAGGAUAUGUAUUUAAAAUUAAUAAGAUAAAAGAAUCCAGUAGAAUAGGCAUAAUAGAUAUAUGAUUUAUAUGUAAUAAAAGUAGGUCAAUUUAAAAAUGUAUAAAAAGAGAUGGUUUAAAUGUAAGAAUAACGUGAAUAGUAAUAAAAGAAAUAUGAAUAAUUGUAAUAAAAAUAUGAAAGAAUGAAGGAUUUAUAUGAAGAGAUUUAAAGAGAAAAUUAAUCAAUAAAAGAUCAGACAAGAAAUUAAAAUUAGAUAUAAAAGAUAAUUGAACAUUAUGAGGAUAAAUAGGAGAAUGAUUUAAAAAGAAAGCCUAUAAAAUAAAUAACAUUUGGAUGUUCUUAAUUAAGGAAAUAACCAUUAUGUUAAAGUUUAUUGAAAAAAUGA